AUGAUUAUUCUUUAAGAAAAGUGUUAAGAUUCAAAGAAACUUAAAUAAAUCUAUGUGAAUUACGUAAUGUAUAUAAAUUAAGGAAAAAAUUUUGAUAGAUAUAGUUAUCCAUCUAUUGCCAUUAAAAGAUGUUAUGAAUUAAUAAAUCAAAGUGUUUUUGUAAGAAGUUUAAUAAUAAAAAUAUAAGAAAUUUGAGGAUGCAUUAAUGUAAGUAAUAAAGUUGUAAGAAUCUCAAAAUAUUGACUAGUGUAAUCUGAUUUUAAUAAAAUAAAUCAUAACCUCUCUAUUGGCAUAUUGAUAUUAUUAUUGUAAUUUUAAGGGUUGAUAUCUCUCAAAGUGGAGUAGAUAGAAGAAUCUUAAUAUCUAUUUAAUUUCAUAGAAACCUUUCUUUCUAUUUUUCAAGAGAACAAAAAAAAAGAUAAAAAUUCAUAAAAUUAUCCAUGA